UCCAGAAUUAUAGAAGUGCAGGUCUUGAGUGUCCAUGAGCAGAUCGAGCUGCUCUUCUGAAGUUGUAUAUAGCUUUCUUUCACUCACUUGGGUCUUCCUCCCCACAUUUGGUUGGAAGGUAACCCUUGUGGGUUACUUUGAGCUAAGUUUGCCAAACCCACAUAGUUCACAUACCAUCCACCAGCAAGCAGCUCUAAAAUAAGAUGGCCUAGAGAUGGCCUAGUAAAUGAGGCGCGUGGUUAGAAAACCAAGCUUUUGUAUUUGAGCAGCAUCUUGCUUAAAUAUUAUGAUGGGGAGGUGAAUAGCAAAUUUUCCACUGUCCCAUGAAGAUUUUAAUAUACUUACUUGACUUAUAUUGUGUCAAGGUGGUUAAACUGUAGUCAUGUUUAUUUCUGUUGUUCAAGUAUUUGGUAGCUCAGCAAGCAGUUCCUUGCCUUGCAUCCUUGUAUGUACUGUUGCAUGUUUUUUUUUUUAAUUCAGAAUUAUCCCACUUAAUUAAUUAGGAUUUAUUCCUUGGUAAUUGUGCUACAAUUACAGCCCAGGAAGAAGUGAAAAUUCUUGAAAUAGAUAACAUAUAUGCCUGGAGAACAAUGCAUAUAAAUUUAUUUCUUCAUUUGUUCUGCUGGUAUGCUGACAAAUCAGUACCGACUCAUGGCAAAAUGCAGAUGUAAGUGCACCUCCUACAUACAGACAUAUAAAAUGAUGGCAAUGCUAGUUUUAGAUGGACUUAUAUUAGGGACAUGCUGAAAGUUCUUGAGAACCAGCAAAGUUCUCUUUUGCUUUCUGGCAAAAAUUCUAAUGCCAAAGCCAUCCAGAAUUUCCACCAACCUAUGAGUGAAACCUGAUCAAAGUGCGGGUUGGGUUGGCCAGGCAGCACUGUGAAAACUUGGCUCUGGCUGGCAUGCUGUCAUCCGGAAGGCCAUACAUUGUAAUAAUUGUGUAUUCAGGGUUUUACUUCCUGAUGAAAUGUGUCUGUUUUUCUUUUGUUCUUGGGAACAUUGCUGUUAGUGUGACACAAAGCUGAAGCUAAAAUCCAGUGAGAUAAGGUUCCCUCAACCUUUACUGCUUUUCUGGCAAAUGAAAAGGAAAAAAAAUGGAAUUUCACUCUAGUUCAAGGUGACCUACUCUGGGCUCAGAAAUUAAGCAGCGUUGAUAUUUUGAUGGGAGACUACCAGGAAAUUUCAGUCUUAUAGACUUGGAAUUAAAGUUUAAAAAAUCCCACAAAAAGAAUUUGACAAACCACAUUUUGUGUUGCUGAUGAAGAAAUUCCAUGUGUGUUCUUGGAGUCACCAGGAGUUAAACUCAACUGGAGGAAGAGGCUAUCUUACAGCAUCCCCCCUGAGUGCUUCUCAGUGCAUAUGGCUUAAUCUCAGUUGAGCUAGGAGACUUAUACGGUACACAGCAUCUAUGUUACUGAAAUUGUAUGGGAUGCCUGCUUCAGCUGGUGUCAGAACCUAGUCAGCCUUGGCUGAUCUCAGAAACUAAGCUGAAUCAGAUCUGGUUAGUCCUUAGAGGACUUGGGAAUUCCAGGGCCAUUGACUGCCUAGGAAGUUAAAAACAUAAUGGAAGAAGAUGGUGAUAAAACUGCAUGAAGGCAGUUCCCAAGGGUCAAAUGUGUCUUGAAGAAGCCUUUGCCUUUACAGCCCAUCCAUUUUCUGGUUGCCUUGCAGACAUGUGUUUGGGCCAGACUGUAUACUGGACCUGAUGAAAGCCCUAGGCUCAGUCCCUUUCAUUUCAGGAACCUUGCUCUGACAAAAGUCCUUUGCAGAAGCAUUUGCUGUGCAAAGCCAGCUGGCUCUUAGCAGGUCCUUCAAGACAAAACUGGGAACUGUGGAAAGGUAUCCUUAGCCAGUCUGCCCCAACCCAGAGUUCUCCAUUUGUGUUAAACUAUGUCUCCCACAGUCAUAACCAGCCGGGUCAGUAUUAGACCAGUGGUGGCUUCAUGCUCUCUAGAGCUCUGGAAUCACUUUAUUACCCAAGAACAGUUGCAUGUUAGAGAGGCGUUGCACGUUUUUUUUCCAGUGAGAUGAAAGCUAAGAGGAGACAAGUGUGGAGUCCAGAUCAGUAACAGAAUGAGCUUUACAUCUUGGCUGUGGGCCACAUUAAAGUACAACAAAGCAGAUGCUUGAAUUUGUGUGUUAGACACGGCCAGACCCAGAGCAAAAGAUCAGAACCUGGAGAAUAUCUAGCACAUAUUUGUUCUUUGCUGUCUUUUGCAGGCACUUGUGUAUAACUCAGCUGUGUGUUUUCUGUACCCGAAGAAUCACAUUCAGGGACUAGCACAGCUGCUUUCUACAACCUGACUAAUUAUGGCCCUGCACAUCACCCUGAACGCCUGUCUUCAGUACCCUUGCUCAGCCCCCUUGGUGACUUUGGAGCGGUCACCAAUGUUGUCCCCUGCAAGUUCUUGUGUUUUGCUUGGUCUCAAAAGCAUUACUGUAUUCAAUUGAGUAUUUUUAGGAUGGUGAUAAUUGUGCUUUAGAUUUUUUCUUUUAGAUUGUGCGUACGUGUGCUCGUUCAUAAUUUUCUGCAGGUGAUGAUGCUGUGCUCUGCCUGGUACAUUUUGUUACUACAGUGACGUCCUUGGGAGAGAUACACAGGCAAACACGAGCAUGUGGACACAUUCUUUUCGUGCAUCGGUCAUCUCAGACUGGCAGAUUAGUUUAUGUGGCCACCCUGUGUUCUUUAAAAGCCAAAGCACUUCUGACUUUCUCCCCGGUAAAACAGUUAAGGAUUUGAAGGGUCUCUGCAACUCUUCCCCCUUAAUGCUGUUUGACAGUGCUAAGAAUAAUUUGAUGUGGGAAGCAGCAAAGUCCAUGAGAAAAACCAUGAUACAUAGGAAGAGCAGCAGAGAGCUAAAGAGGUAUGAGAAUCUGUCUGAGGGUAGUGCUAUAGACUCUUCCACUCCUAUAGACCAUGCUGUUUCUUUUCCUCCCAUAGACCCUUGUUCUCUGUCAUUGCAGAAGGUCAGCAUCAGCAAUGACAGCUUGGCCUGUUGCCCAGCUAGAGAAAAACUGGAAGUCUUCAGUAUGUGUCAAGGAGAUUGGCAGGAUUCUUCCAUGAGCUCAUGGUCCUCCUUGUUGGAGCAUCAAAUGCUUCUGGGAGAUUCCCUCGGCCCCUUGCCACUUGGGCGUCUCUCCUCAAUUCCGCUGGAGCGGCUGUAGCAGCACCAGUAGCAGCUGAUGUUUCAAGUCUGCUGAUGUGGUGCCUGCCUGGAGUCUCCAAGGAGAAGUGAUUCAUCAGUUCUGCACGCGAGGCGGCUUCGGCAGUGUGGGAACCUUUCUCUUAUUUCCCCUGUGGUGUUACUCUUGGUGCUUCAGCCUUGGAACUCAGAAUGAAACGACGAACCUCCGAUAGAGGUGGUGGGGAAACGUCUGCCAAGGUCCUCUGCCCAGGGAUUUCCAGCAGUAAUACCAAAAGAGCAGGGCCUUUCAUUCUUGGGCCUCGUUUGGGCAACUCCCCAGUGCCUAGCAUUGUUCAGUGCCUGGCAAGAAAGGAUGGGACAGAUGACUUCUAUCAGCUGAAGAUCCUCACCUUGGAGGACAAGAGUGACCGUGGCACAGAAACCCAAGAGGAGCGUCAGGGCAAAAUGCUGCUGCAUACAGAGUUCUCCCUCCUCUCUCUCCUACACAAUCAGGAUGGAGUGGUCCAUCAUCACGGCCUUUUCCAGGACCGAACCUGCGAGCUGGUGGAAGACCUGGAGUCCAGUCGGAUGGUCCGAAAAAUGAAGAAACGUAUUUGUUUAGUGUUGGACUGCCUCUGUGCCCAUGAUUUCAGUGACAAGACCGCUGACCUCAUCAAUCUCCAGCACUACGUCAUCAAAGAGAAGCGGCUUAGUGAGCGAGAGACCGUUGUGAUCUUCUAUGACGUUGUGCGGGUGGUGGAAGCCUUGCACAAGAAGAACAUUGUGCACAGAGACUUGAAACUGGGGAACAUGGUGCUAAACAAAAGGACCCACCGAAUUACAAUCACCAACUUCUGUCUUGGGAAGCAUCUGGUGAGUGAAGAUGACUUGCUGAAGGACCAGCGGGGCAGCCCUGCCUACAUUAGCCCCGAUGUCCUCAGCGGUAAGUAGCAUCCCUUUCUCAAGGAUGUCAUUAGCAGCCCUUUUCUUUACUCCCAGGGCUUUCAUUCCCUUAUGAUGCUGCUAUCUCCGCUCUAUACACAUAGAGGGUUCCCUUCUCUGAAACUUAAGGCUGUUCCCAUGCACAGCAUCUCUUGGGUGUCUGGAAGUGGGUGGGUGUCCAGAAGAAAGAGCAAACCUAUUACUACUUUGCUCCAGACAGAGCUACAGUUGCUCUAAAGCCUCUUUUUCUUGGCUGGCUGGUCCAGCAGAUGGAAAAGAGGUUCGCCUUUUUUGUGGCUGGGAGAGAGGGGAGAGAGUAC